GAUGCUCGACAUAUAGUGUCCAAGUGUCCGCUGCGGGUGUGAGAGCUGCGGAUCGGGGAGCGGGAGCUGACCCGAGAAGAGGCGCUGAGGCUGGAGGUUUAGCGCCAAGUCCGAGCUACUCCUCCCUACAAGGCGCCAGCUCAGAGGAACCAGCCCGGCCUGAGACACGGUCACACACAAAGAGCUGCUGCCAGGGUCAGUCGCAGGAGGUCCAGCACCGAGUCCACUUGCACCUGUGUGUUUCCCUCCAGACACGAGUGAACUUCAAGGGCUCAAUCCUGAGGUGGACUCUGAAGCCGACGCCGAGCCCUCCGAGGAGAAUGCGAGGAAAACGGGAAGACACAGAAGCAGAGUCUGUCACUCCCAAGGAAACCACCGUCCGACCGAGGAAGAGGAAGGCAGACGUGGCUAUAUAUAUACAGGAUCUGGAUGAGGAGGUGGCCGAGAUGACGAGGAAGAAGCAGCGGGACAGUGAGAUGACCUGGAGUCCAGGUGCUGGUCUCAAGAGUCCACACAGAUGGAUCCCAACACCGGAUCAGGAGGAGGACCGACCAGUUACUCUUAUAAAUGCAGGCUUCCCUCACUACAUCUUUAACAACAUAUUUGCAACCCCCGUGCAUUGUGCCCCACUCCCUGAGCUGUGCUGGGCCAGUAAAGAUGUGGUGUGGAAAAACAUGUUGGAGAAGGAUAAGACCUACACCAGGGACGUCCACCUGAUGGAGAAGCAUCCUCAUCUGCAGCCAAAGAUGAGAGCUAUUCUCCUGGACUGGCUCAUGGAGGUGAGCGAGGUGUACAAACUGCACAGGGAGACAUACCACCUGGCUCAGGACUACUUUGAUCGCUUCAUGGGCACGCAGAGAAACGUCUUUAAAUCAACGCUGCAGCUCAUAGGCAUCACCUGUCUCUUCAUCGCUGCCAAAGUAGAGGAAAUGUAUCCUCCCAAGGUCCACCAGUUUGCCUAUGUUACAGAUGAGGCCUGCACUGAAGAUGAGAUUCUCAGUAUGGAAAUCAUUGUUAUGAAGGAGCUGAAUUGGAGUUUGAGCCCACAGACUCCCAUCUCCUGGCUCAACGUGUACAUGCAGGUGGCUUACUUGAAAGAGACGGACGACCUGCUCAUCCCCAAAUACCCCCAGGCCACAUUCACACACAUAGCAGAGUUGUUGGACCUUUGUUUGCUCGAUGUGCGUUGCCUUGAGUUUUCCAAUGGCCUCCUUGCUGCGUCAGCUCUGUUUCACUUCUCCUCUCUGGAGCUGGUGGAAAACGUUUCAGCUUUGAAGAGGGUGGAGGUGGAGCAGUGUGUGAGGUGGAUGGUUCCUUUUGCCAUGGCACUGAGGGAGAUCGGCGGGUCGCCUAUGAAAACUUACACAGGAAUCCCAGCAGAUGACAUGCACAACAUCCAGACCCAUGUUUCGUAUCUCACGUGGCUGGACAAGGCCUACUCUUACCAGGAUGUGGACUUGGAGUGUCACAGCAGCUGUUCAGUCCCUUCAGGUGUCCUGACUCCGCCCCUGAGCAGUGAGAAGACCGACGAGCUGGUCCGAGUGGAUCCCGUUGUCCUGAAAAUUAGACCGAGGAUGAAUACUGUAUCUCCACCGCGACUUUCUCCAAAGUAGAGACGCAACCACUGAAGAUGACGAGACUACAGCAAAUCCCUUUUAGAGUUUUUACAUUAUGGCUGUAAGAAAGAAGCGACACCCGUGUGUUGCCUGCUUGGACGCCUCUGCAGUACCAGUGAACCUGUACAAUUGGAUGGAUUAUUGUUGGGGAAACACUGAUGGAAAUGGUAGUCAUUUCAAAGCGAUGCUGAUUACUUGGAUCCAGAUGCUUUUGAGUGUCUGUAUGGGGAACAGGCACUGAUAAUCAGUGAACAAAUGGUUUUGAAAUGCCCCUAUCCCCAUAGGAAUCACCUACUCAACCCUCCACUUUGGAUCAAAACAAAGGGCCAGUCGGGAUGGAAAGGCCCAAGAGGAAACUUAUUUUUUAAUAGCAUUGAACCCUCAUCCUUGCAUCAAUUUCCAGCCACACCUACUUUUAAUGGUUGUCAUCUUUAUUCUCUAUGCAGAGGCCAAAUUGUGUGUAAUGGAGUCCGUGUUUGAUUGUGAGUGUUUGUGUGUGUGUGUGUCUGUGUUUUUAAUAGUGAUUGUUUUAUUUUUCCAUUAGUGGCUUCAUUUGCCCAAAAACUAUUGCUAGGGUCAUGUUUGGCUCUAUGUGCUGCUAUAAAGUGGGCUUUGCAUGAUGGAACAGGGGAGAGAGAGAGUGUGUGUGUUUUUAUUUUUUUGUAAUAAAUAGGGUGUUUUUGGUUCAAGUCUUUUUCUCUUUGGACAUUUUAUUGGACAACACAUGGCCAUAUUUUACUUUGGGACCAGUAGCUUGGCUACAUGAACGGACAAGUGAAAACACCAAGCUUCAGAAGCUAAACUAUUGAUUGUAUUUAACUCUUUAUUUUUUUUAACCCAACCUGCAGUUUGUUUUCCCUCCACCAAUAUGUAAGAUGUCUGUUUGACUUUUGAAAUAAAA